UCUGGAACUCUUGCGUCUUCGGGAACCCUUGGAGCCUCUGAAGCUGCAGCUAACUCUUCCUUGACGAAUUCAAGAGCAGGUCUGUACAAAGGAAACUGCUUCAGGAUCAAUCACUUUCCAGAGGACAACGACUACGACCAUGACAGCUCCGAAUAUUUGCUGCGUAUUGUUCGCGCCUCCAGUGUCUUCCCAAUCAUCAGCACCAUCUUACUGCUUCUGGGAGGACUGUGUGUUGGGGCAGGACGCAUCUAUAACCGGAGGAAUAACAUCAUCCUGAGCGCCGGAAUACUCUUCGUGGCAGCCGGUCUAAGCAACAUCAUUGGGAUCAUCGUCUAUAUAUCCAGCAAUGCCGGGGACCCAAGUGACAAAAAGGAUGAGGAUAAGAAGAACCUCUACAGCUACGGGUGGUCCUUCUAUUUUGGGGCGCUGUCCUUUAUCGUAGCAGAAUCCAUAGGGGUCCUGGCCGUAAAUAUCUAUAUAGAACGGAACAAAGAGAUCAGAUUUAAGUCCAAGAGGGAAUUCAUCCGGAGCUCCAUUUCCCCGUAUGCCAGGAUGCCAAGCUACAGGUAUCGGAGGAGACGCUCCCGCUCCAGCUCUAGGUCUACUGAGGCGUCUCCGUCCCGGGAAGUGUCUCCAGCCACCAUCAAAUAUGCCAGCACCAUCCCCAUGGCGGACAUAUCAAUGUACACUCUUACCAGGGAACCCCUGAAGAUCACCACAGCGGCUAGCUUUAACCCGGAUCAGGACGCUAACUUCAUGCAGGUCCACAACUGCUUCCAGAAAGAACUGAAGGAAGGGCUGCAGAUCAGCAUGGUCAACCGGAGGACCACCCCAGUGUGACCAUGGAUAUAACCUGUGGGUUGGGGGGGGGGGGGGGUGAGAGGAUAGCCAUGGUGGGUGGGCCAUGAGGCAGCUAUACAUGGAUGAUGACAGAGGGAGAUUGGAUUUCACAUACAUGAUGUACGAAGUGGCACAACCAUGGGGUAGACAAUCGCCCCACACUGUGUAACAUUCUACCUCCCCCCCCCCCCCCCCCCCCCCAACUAUACCGUAUUGCACUUGGGUCAGAUGUAAGCAGGGAAGGUCCAGGAGGAGCAAAAGCCUGUGGAAAUUUCCUAUGGUACCCAGAAAAAAGGAAAAGAAAUCUCAAAAGGAAAAAGUGGUGCCACCAUGGGGUAGAGGAUCAGACCACACCUCUUCUGUGUAACAUUUCCCCCUAACUAUACAUUAUUGCACUUGGUUUUUUAGGUCAUAUAUAGGCAGGGAAAGUCCAGGAGGAGCAAAAACGGUCAGAAGUUUCCUAACAUUUCCAAAAGAAUAAAGCGUUUGUAUCGAGAACCCCAAAAUUACAUGGAAAAUAAUGGUCCAUGUUAUCCAGGAAAGGAUAGCCAUGGUGGGUGGAGCAUGAAUCCAUUAUAUGUACAUGAUUAUACAAUACACCAUAUAUCUUCUGUAUAAAGCAAAGGGGAAAAAGUGGCACCGCGAUGGGAUAAACGAUCGCCCCACACCUCUUCUGUGUAACGGUUUACCCUUUCCCCCCCCACACCAGGCCAGGUAUAGGCAGGGAAGGUCCAGGAGGAACAAGAACAGGUGAAAAUUUUCUAAAUCCCCCUAAAUCAGGCAUAGGCAACCUUGGGCACUGCAGAUGUUUUGGACUACAUGUCCCAUGAUGCUUUGGAAGCAUUUUGGCUGUAAAAGCAUCAUGGAAGAUGUAGUCCACAACAUCUGCAGUGUCGAAGGUUGCCCAUGCCUGCCCUAAAUUGUUCUGCUAAAUGAGUGAUUUGUAACGAAAAACCCCAAAAACUUCAGGUCAGAUAUGGAGAAUUUAUUUAUGUCUUAAAGGCCUUUUAUUAUUAUUGGAUGAGCGUCUGGUGAGACACUGGAAGUCUGGCAAGAAGGUGGCACCGACCCUCCACGUUGCGUACAAAACUGUUGUAGGGGCAAAAUGUCUACAGGAAAGGGUGUGAAUAGUUUUGCAGCCGUGUUUUUUUAUCCUGUACAGGUCACGUUAGAUGGUCACAUGAUCCACUAGAAUCAACGAUAAUGCAGAUGGAGAGACACAGCUUUGAACGGGAGCUGCAUGCACACAACGAGAGAUCACUUCAUUUCAGCUAAAUGUGAACUUAAGUAUUCAUACCCCUUCAAGUCAUCUUCAUUCUUCAUGAUUGGAGAACAGACCACUAUUGAUGCUUUACCUGCAGCCUCCAGACCCUGGUAUUCAGGAUUACAGAACCAUUGCAAAGUGUCACCACGACUAUCAGUGUCACCCUAAAAUAAGCCCCUCACCUGGUAGGGCUCUCAUGGGCAUGACUGACAUGUUGGCCGUGACCCUACAAGGUUGGAGGAACUACCCGUAUGGUUAACUAAUACUUCAAUAGGUAUCAGGCCGGGGGUUUUAUAGUGGUCCGGCGUCCCGUCCAUGCCUUAAAGGGGUACUCAUCCCCAAAACUUCUUAUCCCCUAUCCAAAGGAUAGGGGAUAAGAUGUCUGAUUGCAGGGGUCCCACCACUGGGACCCCCUGCGCUCUCCGUGCAGCACCUGGCGUUAUAAACAAUGGGGUUUUAUUUACUAACGUCAUCCCGACUCUUUUUUGUCGUGUUUCGCGCCCAAAUUGUGUCGCACGUCCCUUGCAACACAAUUUGCGACCAAAAAAAAAAAAAAAAAAUCCUCCAUUUUACAAGAAAAAUCCUAAAGGGGGGGCGUGGCCGUGGUCCCGACAAAAGGGGUGUGGCCCCGCCAGUUUUGAAAAAUCCCAACAUAUUUACUAAGGUUUCCACAGAAAAUGUGGUGGAUUUAAGCUGAGGAGAACCGGACAGAUCAGAACAGGUGUAAAAAAAAGCAAAACGUAGGGAAAAGUGCAAAAUGUAGGGAAACCUUAGUAAAUACCGUGGAAAAUACCUGUCGGGAAUCAAAACCCACAAAGAAACCUACACAACACUCUUAGUAAAUAAACCCCAAUAUGUUUAAAAUGAUGGGUUCUUGCAGCGGGGGUCGUGAUGUCACACCACGCCCCCUCCAUUCAUGUCUAUGGGAGGGGGCGUGACGGCCAGAUUUUGGAUCCUCACCACCCAACCAACUCCAGGGUCUCCAUCAUCAGUGUUAGCCAGAUGAUGGGUUUGGACCAACAAUGAGAAGUUUUGCUUGUGAAACUCAGGAACCCCACCACCACCACCCUAGGUCAUGUGAUACUUUGUAGCCUCCAUUUGGUAGAUACGUCCUACACUGUGAUUUUCUAAAAACUUAGUGAAACGAUUAAAAGUGGCUGUGAAACCCCAGAAGUGUCCUCCAUGAUGUUCUAGAUCUAUGGGACACCCCAGACGUGUCCAGCAUGAUGUCCUAGAUCUAUAGGACACCCCAGACGUGUCCAGAAUGAUGCCCUAGAUCUAUAGGACACCCCAGACGUGUCCUCCAUGAUGUUCUAGAUCUAUGGGACACCCCAGACGUGUCCAGCAUGAUGUCCUAGAUCUAUAGGACACCCCAGACGUGUCC